GCGUAGGCUAGGUAGCAGCAUCACUAUCACCACAUCAAGCACCACACUAGGUCUGCUGCCUCCUCUCCUGCACUACAGUAGUACACUGGCGAGAGGGAGAGAAAGGGGAUGAGAGGUAGAGGGAGAGAGCGAGAGAGAGACAGAGUGUAUGAGAGAGAGAGCGUGUGAGAGUAAAAGAAGGAGGUAGACAUUGGAGGAGAGAGAAAGAGAGAGGUGUGAGAAAGAUAAAGAUAGAUAGAUAGAGAGAGAGAGAGAGAGAGAGAGAGAGUUGAGGGGAAGCGUAGGGAGGAGGAAGAGAGCAAAAAGAAAGGAAGGAAAAGGAGAGAAAGGGGCUAAAGGAAGACAGGAUGGCAGAGCCAGAGCUGAAAUCACAGAGUAGCCUGGAGAGCUUGAAGAAGGCAGCCGAGGGCCAGGAGAAGAUGGAGGCUGAGGCGGUUCCGGACAACCCAGACAAGCCUCCUUCGCCGGACAAGUCUCCAUCCAAGCCUCCGUCCCAAUCCACCAUUAACGACACCGGCACCGUGGCAGCCACCACCCCUACUGCCGAUGCCUCCUCCCCAGCCAAGGCAGCGGGCGGCAAGAUCGAGCUGAAGCGCAGCAUCACGCUCUUCAACGGCGUGGGCAUGAUCAUCGGCACCAUCAUCGGCUCGGGCAUCUUCAUCACGCCCACAGGGGUGGUAAAGGAGGCUGGCUCGGCCGGUCUGUCGCUGGUGGUGUGGGCCGUGUGCGGUGUGGUGUCCACCAUGGGCGCCCUGUGCUACGCCGAGCUGGGCACCACCAUCACCAAGUCGGGUGGAGACUACACCUACAUCCUGGAGGUGUACGGCGAGCUGGCUGCCUUCCUCAAGCUGUGGGUGGAGAUGCUGAUCAUCAGGCCAUCCUCCCAGUACGUGGUGUCGCUGGUGUUCGCCACCUACCUGCUCAAGCCCCUCUACCCAAACUGCAGUGUGCCCGACAGUGCCGCCAAGCUCAUCGCUUGCCUCUGCCUCACAUCAUUGACCUUUGUGAACUGCAUCAGCGUGCGGGCUGCCACCAAGGUCCAGGACUUGUUCACUGCGUCAAAGCUCCUGGCCCUGAUCAUAAUCAUCAUUUUCGGUUUCAUUCAGAUCAGUACAGGUGAUGUGCCAUACCUGACACCAGAACUGGCAUUUGAAGGCAGCAAAUGGGGAGUUGACAACAUUGUGUUGGCUCUAUACAGUGGACUCUUUGCUUUUGGUGGCUGGAAUUACCUGAAUUACGUGACAGAGGAAAUGAUCAAUCCAGAGAGAAACCUGCCACUGUCCAUCAUUAUCUCCAUGCCCAUUGUGACUGUGGUGUACGUACUGACCAAUCUGGCCUACUUCACCACUAUCCCCCCGAGUGUGAUGGUCGAGUCCGAGGCAGUAGCUGUGAUCUUUGGGGAGUAUCAUCUUGGUGUGAUGUCCUGGCUCAUCCCUGUCUUUGUGGGGCUGUCCUGCUUCGGAGCGGUCAACGGAAGCCUGUUCACCUCGGCACGGCUGUUUUAUGCUGGCGCUCGAGAGGGUCAGCUUCCUGCUGCACUGGGAUUGGUCCACACUGACCUCUUCACUCCAGUGCCCUCCCUCAUUUUCACGUGUUUCCUGUCCAUGCUGUAUGCCUUGUCCAAGGACAUCUUCUCGGUCAUCAACCUGUUCAGCUUCUUCACCUGGCUGUGUGUGGGCAUGGCAAUCGCCGGCUUGCUGUGGCUCCGCUGGACCAAGCCAGAGCUCAGGAGACCCAUCAAGAUUUGGUUGGUGGUCCCUGUGGUGUUUGUGCUGGGCUGUGUCUUUAUGAUCGUGGUGUCAUUCUGGGCAGCUCCCUUUGAGUGCCUGAUAGGCAGCGGGAUUAUCCUCACCGGUAUCCCCGCCUAUCUCCUGGGGUACAAGUGGAAGAAGCCCCACGUUGUAAAGAAGAUCCUAGAGAUCUUUACUCUGUUCUGCCAGAAGAUUUUUAUGUCUGUUCCAGAAGAGCGGGAAGAGAAGGAAUCAGCCGAAGUAGCUGAAGAAGUCGAAACAACAAAGGACGACUGAGUCAAUCUUUUAGUUGGAACAUUACGUGUUUACACUCAUUAUUGCUUUUGUGAUAAAGUUCCAUGACUCUUGGUAAAGUAGGGUUUAUACAUAUAGGGUUUAUAUGUAUGCUUCGGUGUACAUAUUUUGUAUUUUACAUGCAUUUUCAUACUAUAUCAUCCCUGUGUACUCUCUCCAGCAAUUCAAUUACAGUUAUUCCACUUUCCAGUUGUAUAGAGUACUUCAAACAUCCUCACAUUUUACCUUACCUAACCUUUUGUAUUUUAUUUUUACCUAUUUUGUUCUUCAGUAUUCAAUUGACCUGAAUUAAGCUAACAAAAGAGGAGUCAGGGAACAGACAAAAUAGUCAUAUUUUCAUCAAGUUUUGGUAUGUUCCUCAGACAAUCAUCCAAAUCUAGAUAACUACACUACGGUCCAAAGUUUUACAACACCUACUCAUUCAAGGGUUUUUCUUUGUUUUUACUAUUUUCUACAUUGUAGAAAAGUAGUGAAGACAUCAAAACUACACAUAUGUAAUCCCAUAGUAACCAAAAAAGUGUUAAACAAGUCAAAAUAUAUUUUAUAUUUGAGAUUCUUCAAAUAGCCACCCUUUGCAAUGAUGACAGCUUUGCACACGCUUGGCAUUCUCUCAACCAGCUUCACCAGGAAUGCUUUCCCAACAGUCUUGAAGGAGUUCCCACAUAUUCUGAGCACUUGUUGGCUGCUUUUCCUUCACUCUGCGGUCCGACUCAUCCCAAACCAUCUCAAUUUGGCCCUUAAACAGCCUGGGGGUGUGUUCGGUCAUUAUCCUGUUGAAAAACAAAUGAUAGUCCCACUAAGCACAAACCAGAUGGGAUGGCGUAUCGUUGCAGAAUGCUGUGGUAGCCAUGCUGGUUAAGUGUGAAUUCUAAAUAAAUCACAGUGUCACCAGCAAAGCACCCCCACAGCAUAACACCUCCUCCUCCAUGCUUUCUGGUGGGAAAUACACAUGCAGAGAUCAUCAGUUCACCCACACCGCGUCUCAGAAAGACACCACGGUUGGAACCAAAAAUCUCCCAUUUGUACUCCAGACCAAAGGGCAAAUUUCCACCGGUUUAAUGUCCAUUGCUCGUGUUUCUUGGCCAAAGCAACUAUCUUAUUAUUAUUGGUGUCCUUUAGUUGUGGUUUCUUUGCAGCAAUUUGAUCAUGAAGGCCUGAUUCACACAGUCUCCUUUGAACAGUUGAUGUUGAGAUGUGUCUGUUACUUGAACUCUGUGAAGCAUUAAUUUGGCCUGCAAUUUCUGAGGCUGGUAACUCUAAUGAACUUAUCCUCUGCAGCAGAGAUAACUCUGAGUCUUCCUUUCCUGUGACGGUCCUUUAGGGGGGCCAGUUUCAUUAUAGCGCUUGAUGGUUUUUGCGACUGCACUUGAAGAAACUUUCAAAGUUCUUGAAAUUUUCCAGAUUGACUGACCUUCAUGUCUUAAAGUAAUGAUGGACUGUCGUUUCUCUUUGCUUAUUUGAGCUGUUAUUGCCAUAAUAUGGACUUGGUCUUUUACCAAUAGGGCCAUCUUCUGUAUACCACCCCUACCUUGUCACAACACAACUGACUGGCUCAAAUGCAUUAAGAAGGAAAGAAAUUCCACAAAUUAACUUCUAAGAAGGCACACCUGUUAAUUCAAAUGCAUUCCAUGUGACUACCUCAUGAAGCUGGUUGUGAGAAUGCCAAGAGUGUGCAAAGUUGUCAUCAAGGCAAUGGGUGGCUGUUUGAAGAAUCUAAAAAAUAAUAUGUAUUUUGAUUUGUUUAACACUUUUUUGUUUACUACAUGAUUCAUAUGUGUUAUUUCAUAGUUUUGAUGUCUUGACUAUUAUUCUACAAUGUAGAAAAUAGUAAAAAAUUAAGAAUAACCCUUGAAUGAGUAUGUGCUCUAAAACUUUUGACCAGUAGUGCACAUAUUUAACUUUUGAUUUAUAUAAUAUAACCCACUAUAACUGAAGGUAUGUUUUUAACUCAGUGUAUUUGAAUGAACAAUCUAGUGCUCACUUAAUGUGAUUGAACAAUGGCCAUCCAUCUAUGAGAAACACAUCAAUUGAUUCAGGUAACUCAUACAGCACAUUCUGUCCCUUGAUUUUGGAGUUUAAUGUCCUUUAUGUAAUGUUAACAUUGUAUAUUUGUAACCAGUUUUAAAUUCGAUGUUUGGAACACAUAGUAAUUUCCCAUACUCAAAUUCACAUUGAAACAUUUUCAAAUUGAUUCGACAGAGCACUAUUUGAAGCACAUUUGUGGAUUUCUACCGUGUUGUAUUCUGAUGUGUUGCCUUAAGAUUAUUGUUACACAGGUCAGUUGCUUGUAUUGAUACUCAAUGCCCUGUUACCUCUCAGUUCCUAUGUCAAACCAUGCUUUCAUGAUAUUUUGUUGUAAACAUUGUUUUAUGUUAUUCGAUACAAGCAGUUGUGAAUAUGGCAUCAAGCUACUCAACCAAUGUUCUGUGUCUCAACUUUCCACCAUACAUUUUUAACCAUUGUAUUCGGUGAAGACAUUUGUAUCAAUGUUUUGUAUUGUUUGUACUCAUCAGAUACCAUGCCAGAUGUCUGAUGUCGACAUUCAGCACACAUGACUAUUUCGCUACUGAUGUAUAUCUUUGUCAUGUCAGACCAGAAUUAAUGUUGUGAGCAUCGUAAGUGGAUAAUGGAGGGUCUUUUCUCUUUUGAAGGAGCGAUUACUGUAAGCGCAGAUCUAAGACCAGCUGUCCCAACCACAGUCCAAACCUUGUCUCACCCCAAGCCAGACCAGUUCAAGCCAAAAGACAAAAAAAAAAUACCUAAAUGAAAUUCUUCAGCACAGAAUAUUUGCACAAACAUGUACAUGUUACUGAAUUAUGGACACGAUGAAGUAUAGAAUGUUAACUGCUCCUAUUAUUAUAAAAUAUAAUUUCCCCCCAUUUGAUUAUUGAGUGGCUUGGAAAGUAGGCGCAAUAGGUCAAGAGCACAACAAGUCACUGGAGUUAGAGAAAGUACAAACUGUGAAGAAGCUCGACAGGCACAGAAGGAAUAGAGUUUACAGAGAGAGUAAAUAAGGAAGUAUAAGGAAUAGGGAAGUUUAAAUAGAUUACUCAUAUAUCUGUGUCUUGUAAGAGUAUAUUCAUGAUUGGCAGCAUGAGGGAGAAACUCUUGGGGCAACUUCCAAAAUUUUGUGGCCCAAAAUGUAUCGAACAACACAGUUCAGGUGUGUACAAAGUCGUGCGUAUUAUGUACUAUAAAGGUUUUAAUUGUAUUUAAUGUUAUGGUAAAAUACUUAUUUGAAUUGGAAGAAACAAUUGUAUCGCUGUCAGCUAUUGUAACUUAAAUGUCAGUGACCAUAGCGGGUACAUCUACCAUUAAACUAUUUUUGUUCAAA